AUGUUUAGGUGCUUGUUUAGUUGCUUGUUUGUGAUGUUUAUUUGUUUUUUCCGAUGUUUGUAUGAGAUUCUGGAAUUUUCUAAAUUUGUUUGUCUUGUUUACAUGUUUGUUCGAAUUUGUUUACAUUUAUUAUUUGUUUUUUCUACAUGUUUUAAUUUUAUUUUUUUAAUGUUCAGAUCACUAAGUCAAUGCUAUUGCCGAUCCAUUCCACCUCCUCUUUCUUCAACCGAUCUUGCAAAAAUAAAAGAAUCUUCAAUUUCUAAUUCAUCACCUCCUUCCUCUGCUCCCCCAAUACUAAAUAAUAAAUUAAAUCAUCGUUUUAUUCAAAAUGGAAAUUUAAAAUUUAAUUCAACAACUGAUAAAAACAUUGCUGUGCCAAGGAUGGGAAUAAGUGCUGGGGCUGGUGCCGUUAAUUAA